AUGUCGGGAUAUUUCGACUAUUCUGGUACGAUCGAUAACUUGGUGGAGGAGUACGAAGGUUACGGUUGUGCAAGGAACGGCAACGUGUCGGUGACAGAGGGACCGACGAGCAAGGUGUCGGAGGGCAACACGAAGCUAUCGUCGCAAUCGGGCCAGAACAAUCAUCGGGAGGAGAACAGCUGGUGGGCGGCGGAGGAGGGCGGAGGUCAAGAGAUAAGGGAGCGUGAUAAGGGUGCAGCGGUGGCGGGUGAGCUGGCUUGCCUCGCGGGUUACAUGGCGGGGUACUUGAAGGCGGCGGGCGCCACUUGCGCCCCGACCGGAAGUCCUCAGUACCAUCCCCACAGUCAUCCGGCGAUGGGGGUUGGUACUCACCCACAUCCGCAUUCUCACCCGCACCCGGGUGCACCACAUCCUGGACUGCCUUCACCCUUUGCUCUCGCCACACACGGUCAUCCACAUCCCCACCCCUUGGAACAUGGACUCGCAGCUUUUCCGCAAGGAAUGAAUCAGCGCAAACAACGUCGCGAGAGAACCACCUUCACGAGAGCUCAACUGGACGUACUGGAGGGACUGUUCACGAAAACGAGGUACCCGGAUAUCUUUAUGCGGGAAGAAGUUGCUCUGAAGAUUAAUCUGCCCGAAUCACGAGUUCAGGUAUGGUUCAAAAAUCGUCGGGCGAAAUGUAGACAACAAUUGCAACAACAGCAGCAGCAACAACAGCAACAACAACAGCAAACGUCUCCCUCGAAAGGAUCUCCCAGGUCGAAUCAAGCGCAGAGUAACAGUAACAACGGGAACAAAAUGUCGACGAGCUCAUCGGCGACGCCCAGCAGGCGUUCCUCGCCGGUUUCUCCGCCGCGCGGCAAAGAGGCACCAGGACCGAAUUCUCCUCUGUUAUCAACCACGUCGACGUAUCCGCGUCUAGGCGUGACGCCGACCGGCGGAAGCGGCGCGAACAGCGCUCUAACUACGCCGUCUCCGCCGUUGACCCCAGGUUCCAGCCAGUUACCACCGUCGUCUUAUCCGCCUCCCAUGAACCAGAUUCAUCAUGGCGAGUAUGGUUUCACUUGGAGUUCAGCGUCGCCCGGCUCGGUGAACCCGAGCCAAUGUUACGCCGGGCAGACUUACAACGCCUACCAGAAUCCGUACACCAGCGGCGAUUAUUAUCAGACCCAGAUCUCGCAUAUGCACCACAGCCCUCAAGGGAACUACCAUCAUCCCCAGUAUCAUCACAACAUGACGCUCACUUCCUCCAUGUCCCACUUGACCAGCCAUCAUCUGAAUCCAACUGGUAGCAACGAUAUGGCGGCCUCACCUUCGGACUCAGACGGCUACAUACUACCUGACCAGAAGUAUCAGACGAUGGUAUAGCGGUCCAGCAGAUCCUCCGGGAUCUUUCAUCGCGGCCAAGACGCCGCGGCCGGAUCCUCCGCUGCUUACAACUGGCGCCUGAACUCCACGCCGAAUUGCCCCGAGAUCAACGGUAACAUCGAUUCCGAUGAUAAUUCAUA